UAAAUUACAAUUCGCCCUUUUUUGACCCAAUGCUGGGUUGAAAAUAACAUGUGUAUGCAAGUAUGUAUUUGUAAUGCAGUAUCUGCAUUUGCAUAACAGGUGUAUUGUCUCAACUAAAGCCUUGUACUUACUAGAUAAUAGCAAAAUAGUUCACCAUGACCACCAAGGCUAACAAAAACCCAAACAGAAAGAACAAACACUGUUAUAUUUAUAGAAAGCCUCUUAGGCCUGACAGCAUUCUGGAUCCAAUGGUCAAAAUGGACAACGAACAAUGGCCUGAGACCAUUAAUCACCUGUACAACCAUUUAAAUAAAUGAAUAAAUACACAUCACAACAAAAAUGGUGAAACACAGACAUCAUCUGCUAUAUUUAGAUGAUAUAGUGGUGGGGAAAGGACAUGAUCUUGUGAAAGAUCUCCAAGCACGCAAGGAAGUGGAGUCCGGUUUUGUUGAUUGAAAUAUUAAAGAGAGUUGUGCACUAAACUGGAUUUCUCAGAAGAGAAAAUAUGGAGAGGUUGAGUGCCCCAAAGGGUCAAUGACUCGUUUUUAAAGAAAGAACUUAAGUGUUGUUCAUACUGCCAAAUUCUGCACUCAUUACAAUAAUUUCCUUCAGACACAAGCAGCACACAAAAAUGCCCCACGCUAAUCACCAUGGCUCCCUCCCAAUUCAUGCAACGGCACUAAGUGUUAGUGAAUUUACAAGUGGCUCCAGUUUCCAAUUAGCUCCUAGAUGCGUUGUAUUGCAAAUGUUGUGGAGAGUAAAGAAACCACUCGAAUGGGAUCAUGAGCAGAGUGUGAAACUGUAACCACCCCUUGCUUCAACAGUAUACUUAAUACCCCCUGUGCAACACAGCCUGGUGCUGCUUAGUCCCAUAUCUUUGCCAGCAGCUAUUCAGGGAAGAUGAUGGUAGAAUGUUCACGAGGUCGGGAUGUGUCCUUUUUGAUGUGGGGCAAGCUUAGACACAACACAAGCCCAGCACUUUAAAUUAGCUACACUGAUCCAACAUAAACAAGUCUCCUGUGACCUGUUACUACUUUAGGUCACACUUGAACACUUUUGUUGGUUUAUAAACAAACUUUCUUUGUCUUGUUCAUCUGUGCCUUUCUGACUGUUCCCUAUGGUGGUCAUCUUCUUUGGUUGAGUGCUUUAUCAAAUCUCUUGCUUUCUUCACUUGACUCUGAUCAACCGCAAGUUUCUAUUUUCGUAACACUAGUGAUGUCGAAAGAGACAUGGAUUUUGGUGGUGACAUAUCUUCAGUGAUGACUAACUGAUGAUGACUUGAGAUCUACUGGUCAUAAUGAAUCCCUGGCAUGAUGUCCCUAUAUGCUCUCUGUGUUUAUAACUAAAGGGAAAGGGCAGCAAGCUCAGAGUGGGCAGGUUGUUUACUCUCAUGACCCCAAAAUGUCUGGCUGUCCUUUCUCCCCUCCCUUCGAGAGAUCUGGUCGAAUGCACAUGCCCAUUUUGUUGAAAACAGAUGGGUGGGUUGUAACAUGGAGCAGUUUGUGGGGUUUCUAAUGGGUAGUGGAGUGAUGGUCGACCAUCCCCUUUGCAUUUUCAGAUUUCCAUAUUAGAUCCCUGCAUAUGCAAUGAACUACAUCCUAUCAGACGGGGCUGGGGUGCUGAUCUUUUCUCUCUUUCACGUCGUUUUAUUCUUUAUGACAUUGCAGUAGCAAGAGGACCAAGCCUUUUCUCUACUGACCUCUCCUUUUUUCUCCUCCUUUAAUUCUUUUUCCUUAUCUGUUUUUUGUCUUUCAUUACUAAGUUACGUAUUCCUAAACCUCGUCUACUCUUCUUUUCUUCUUUCUUAGCAAUGAAUUACUACCUAAUGCUCAGCAACAGUCACGGAGAUGGAGUUCUGUCUCGGUACCAGAGCUUGCGUACGGAAGGCCGAAUGUGCGAUGUUGUUUUGGAGGCGGAGGGUGUGGAGUUCCCUGCUCAUCGGACUUUGCUAGCCUGCUCCAGCGAUUACUUCUGGUCCUUGUUCCAAGACUACACUCUGGAAUCUAAAGCCUACAUGAUCAGUUUGCCAGCCCUGUCCUCACUAGGCCUGGAGCAGAUACUUGACUUCAUCUAUACCUCAUGCAUCUCACUAUCACCUUCCACCCUGGAGGUCACACUGCAAGCUGCCACUUAUCUGCAGGUGAACCAUGCUAUGCCCCUUUGCACUGACUAUAUCUCUGAAAGCAUUGCUCUUGACAACUGCUGCUUUUUUGCUAACGUAGCAGCUCGCUAUGGCCUUUCUGAAGCAUUUACCAUCAGCAACUCUUUUAUUGCCAGUAACAUGCACCGAAUACUUGGAACUGAGCAAAACAAAGCUGAGCUAUUGGUGUUAAACCAUGAAUCUCUGCAAGAGGUGCUGGAAGUUAAGGAGAUGCCAGGUGUUAAGGAGAUAGACCUUUUACAGCUAGCUUUGGAUUGGCUGGAGCGCAACCCAUUGUCUGCUUUGCAAAGUAACUCAUUGCUCAGUCGUAUCCGAUUUGGUUUGGUGCCACCUGAGGAGCUGACUCAACUUAGUGCGUUCAAGCCUGCCCUACGAACACCCUUCAUUCGCAGCGUAGUGCAGAAAGCACUUCAUUACCACCUUCAGGGUCCUCUUCAACCUCUACUACAAAGUGUCCACUCCAGCCUAAGACUCAAACGCAGCAAAAUUGUGCUGGUGGGGGGAGGACCAGAAGCAGACAGACCCCAGAAUCAGAUCUUGACCUAUGAACCACGCAGCAAGAAGUUUGGCACACUCUCCACUACUCUGCCAAAUAAGCUCCAACAUCAGGGUGUAUGCGUUGUUGGUAACUUCUUGUUUGUGAUAGGUGGUGAAGUGGUGCAAGUGGAUGAGGAACAUGAAAAGACUGCUGUGAUGACAGUCACUGACCAGGUAUGGCGAUUUGACCCACGGUUUGAGCGAUGGGAGGAGAUGGAACCACUCUUACAGAAGAGGGCACAAUUUGCUUGUUGUGUAGUAGAAGGUGUUAUUUUUGCUAUAGGUGGGCGGGGUCAGAAAGGCGAGCCAGCUUUAUCAUCUGUGGAGAGAUAUAAUAUGAAUGCAGGAUGCUGGCGCAGUGGAGUGUCCCUACCGCAUCCGAUCCACGGGCAAGCCUGUGCCACUUUUGGAGCGGGAAUCUACAUCUCUGGAGGCAUCCAUGGCAACACCCCAGAGAGCAGUAAAGAGAUGCUGUUUCUAAAUUCUUUUGAUGGCAAUGCCUGGGAGACACGUUCUGAGAUGUCCGUUGCCAGAUUUGGCCACCAAAUGGCAACAGUGAGGGGUAAAAUAUAUGCCUUUUUGGGAAUGUAUGAACCAUUUUGUGAGAUUGAAUGCUAUAGUCCUGAGCAAGACCUGUGGAUCAGUCUACAUCCCCUACAUAAUGACCGCUUCUGCUAUGGCUUGGCAGCCACAGGAGGAAAACGAGUGCUCAUGUUUGGUGGAAGAAAAUGGCAGGAUGGACAGGAGGUGUGCACCACAAAUGUGCUGGAGUAUGACACUGACUAUGACAGCUGGAGAGAAUUGUGUAAACUACCAAGGCCCUUGUGUGGGACUCAAUGUGUCCUAAUGGCUAUACAAGACCCUCCAGAAACAUAAAAGACCUUUUGCAAACAUCAUCCCACAUACACGCAGAUAAAAAGAAGGCUGUCACUCCUUGCUGAACCAGAGCAAGUUCAAGGGCAAGGGAUGUAUUUGCAUCACAGCACUCUGAAUUGUAAAGUGAAGUAGCAUGGAUGACCAUGAAUAUUCAUUUAUCCAAAUACAGAGGACUUUGGUGAGGGUAAAGUAUGUUUUACCACAAGUAUUAAAUUCUGAAAAUGGGUCACCAUGAAAAGGACAGAGAAAGCCAUUAUAUUGACAGAUGACUUUGUCAAAAAACUUAGGUCUGUAGCAAUAAACACUAAAGCUGAAGACAGAGCU